AUGUCGAACUUGGUUGGAAGGUCUCGUCUCGCCUACUCCAAAGUAUGGCACCACGUCGACAUCGCUAAAGACGACCGAACAAUGGGCCGUCUUGCGUCCUCAAUCGCGAUGACCCUCAUGGGCAAACACAAGCCUGUUUACCACCCGGGCAACGACUGCGGCGACUACGUCGUCGUGACGAACUGCAACCUGCUCAACAUCAGCGGCCGCAAGCUCGACCAGAAAAUGUACCGGAAACACACGCAGACCCCCGGUGGACUCAAGGAGAUGAACAUGAAGCGGCUGGUGGGAAAGCUGGGAUACGGCGAAGCGCUGAAGAAAGCGGUUAGCGGAAUGUUACCGAAGAACAGUCUGCGACGGACACGGUUGUCGCGUCUGAGGACGUUUGAGGGACCGCACACCGAGAUUAAGGGAAAUAUCCUUCGCUAUUGGGCGGAGACUUCCGAGGUCAUCGACAACACCAAGACCACAUUUCCAAAGAAAUAA